UGGGCAAAAGUGUAUAUAGACGAGGCUGCCGACAGUAUAUACUGCCGACAGUAUAUACUGUAUGGUAAAUAACUCCACAAAACCUUCAAAACUAAGGAGGGAGCUGAGAUUUUGUUGUGUGUGUGUGUGUGUAUGUAUAUAUAUAUAUAUAUAUAUGUAUAUAUAUAUGUAUUGAAAACAACACAAUUUAACUCAUAUUUUUUCAAUUUAAUUUAUGUUUUUUCUUUUUCAAUAAUCUGCUCUAUCCCACAGAAAAUCACCAUGGGCUCAGAGUCUGACCAGUUAAGAAUAUUUUUCUUUCCAUUACCAGCUCCAGGCCACAUGAUCCCCAUGAUAGACGAAGCCAGACUCUUUGCCAAGCGUGGUGUGGACGUUACAAUAAUCAUCACCCAGGGCAAUGCAUCCUUCAUCCAGAAAAUCAUAGACCGAGAGUUUGAAGCCGGGCACAAGAUCAGAACCCACAUCCUUCAAUUCCCAUCAGCACAAGUCGGCCUCCCUGAUGGAAUUGAAAACUACAACACCAUCACUUCCAUGAAUAUGGGUGUCCCACUCUUCCAAGGCUUGGGAUUACUUCAAAAACCAAUUGAGCAACUCUUACAUGAAAUCCGACCGGACUGUAUCGUCUCCGACAUGUUCUACCCCUGGACACUUGAUGUGGCUAAUAAAUUGGGGAUUCCUCGACUGGGUUUUCGUGGUAUGAGCCAUAUCUCAAUGUGUGCGGAGCAUUGCAUCAAGAUCCACGAACCUCACAAGUCCGCAGAAUCCAAUGUCGUUUUGUUGCCCGGAUUGCCACAUAAGAUAAAGAUGCUGAUAUCGCAAUUGCCAGAUUGGAGUAUAACCACAAAUGAUUUCACACCAUUGAUGGAUGCCGUGGUAGAUUCUGAGCAGAGAAGCUAUGGGAUGCUAAUGAAUAGCUUCCACGAGCUUGAAAACGAUUACGAACAGUAUUUUAAAACUAGCAUGGGAUUGAAAGCGUGGAGCGUAGGACCCGUUUCUUUAUGGGUCAACCGGGAUUUUACCCACAAAGCAGAGAGGCAUAAAAUUGCUUGUGAGUAUGGAGAAGAACAUGAAAUCAUCGAUUGGCUGGAUUCUAAACAGGACAACUCUGUUCUUUAUGUUGGUUUUGGGAGUUUGACAAUGUUUCCAGCUACCCAGCUUAAAGAAAUAGCUCAUGGUCUUGAAGCUUCUGGUCACCCAUUCAUUUGGGUAAUCAGAAAGAAAGAGACUGAUGAAUACAAACAAGUGUUUCCCAAAGGAUUCGAAGAGAGAAUGAGGGGAAGCAAAAGGGGUUUUAUAAUAAAAGGUUGGGCACCGCAGAUGGUGAUUUUGGACCAUCCAGCAACUGGAGGGUUUUUGACACAUUGUGGUUGGAAUUCAAUACUUGAAGGAAUAAAUGCAGGGCUGCCGAUGAUAACUUGGCCUCUGUUUGCAGAGCAAUUUUUCAACGAGAAGCUUGUGACUGAUGUGGUGAGAGUUGGUGUUUCUUUGGGACUGAAAGAAUGGAGACAGUGGGGAUACGAAGGAACAGAGGUUGUGAAGAGACAGGAGGUUGAGAAGGCAGUGAGGUUGUUGAUGGGUGAUGGAGAAGAAGCAGCUGAGAUGAGGAAGAGAGUGAGUGAGCUGAAAGACGCUGCAAACAAGGCUGUGGAGAUUGGAGGUUCAUCUCAAACCAACCUCAUGGAUUUGAUCAACGAGUUAAAGGCGCUCAAGAUCAGGAACUAACAGAGUAGGACCAGUUUGAUGUGUACUAUAGUCAUUUGAAAAUGGAAAGAACUUCAUUAUUUUUUGGUGAAUGGAAAGAACAUCAUUAUUAUUACUUUGAAAAGUCAAUUUCUCCUGGUCUCCUAUAGAAGAGAGUGCGCACUUUUUUUUUUUUUUUUGGGCUGUCCCCUAUGCCCUCCCCACCCGC